CAGGGGCAAUGUGUAUUUCAUGCUAGAUUUUUGAAGGAAACUAAAACUCCCAUCCGUGCCGUAAAUUAAAAUGCUGUUGAUUUCGAGGGAGCUGAUAUUUCAUUAAGCAAACCUAGGGCUCAGGCUUGUUUUCCUGUUUCCGAUUUCGCCGCGACAGCGCAGUCCUGCACAUUCAUGUCUACUCAAAAGUGAAACCCCCAUUUCCCCGUUUGUUUAUGGAAAAAAUGCCUUUCUUACAGGUCACCCCAGGGUCUCAGCAAUGGGGUGAGAGGCAAGCUGUUUUUUGGAGGGAAGAUGUCUGUGCACGCCCGCGGCUUCACCCCCGCGCCCCCAAAUCUGCUGUUGCCUCUUUGUACUGUAAAUUGUAACCAAAUAAAGCCGGGUUUUAUUUCUGAGUUAACGUAUACAGAUCCAUGGGCGUAGGGGAGAGCAGGUAUUAUGCUGGGGUGGGGAGAAACUGAGUUAACUGCGAUGCAAUUGGUCAGUUAAAUGUUUUUAUUUAUUUACUUGAUUUAGGGGGCUGCCUCCCCUGUCCCUCACCCCCCAUCCCCGGCCACGCUCAUGUACAGAACCUGGCUGUAAAUGAGGUGAAGAUCCAGUGUUUGGGAAUGAUGCCUUUCCUCAGGGGAAGCGGUUUAGGAACAUAGCUGUCAUACAGAGUCAGACCAUUGGUCAUUUAGCUCAGUACAUUAUUCAGUAGAGCAUCUCCAGAGUCACAGCCAAUCUUUUGCAGCCCUGUUUCCACAUGCAGGGAGUCAUGACCUUUUGUGCCAAAGCAAGUGCUCUACCACUAAGCUCCAAUUUAAGGAAUUUAUUUUAAUGUAUCUGAAUAUUGUUUGUCUUGCACUUAAAGUGUCAAUUAGUAGUAGUAUUAAUUAAACUUAUUGAUAACUGGUAACCUAGUGCAUUUAUAAUGUGAUAUCAUAAUAUAAAAGCAUGCAAAGCCAACAGUUUAGAACACAACAAAACAUUCCUUUCUGGUAGCCACUCAGUUUAAUGCAUAACACUUUAUAAAAACCAGUCUACUGAUAUGACCACCACAGAAUUAAUAUUAUUGAGUGAGGAUCAAGGCUAUGCAUUUAAUCUCACCUACAACAUCAUUUAUUUUACCCUCCUUCCAGCAAGCAUGUUGUGGCAUUCGUACGGAGCCCCCAGUCGUUUCACGGACUAUUGACCCGUACACCACUAAUCCGCUGCCAACAGCCAGGUUCUCUCCGACAUUUCCAAAAGAACAGGCAAACGCCACACAUGUAUUGUGUGAAAAUGAAGCCCAACGUGAGCUCCUGAUUAUGAACAGAGAGUGCUAUGCAAUUGGGAGAAGCAGUCAGGACACCGCACGAUCCUGAACUGACUGGAAGUACAAUUUUAUUCAGAGAUUUGCAGUACCUGGUUAGCAUCGCAAUGAGAGGGCUGGUGAACAUGAAAAAUAAACUGCUUUUCAACAUGAAUUUACCUUGGCUUAUCAAGUUGUCUACAGACAUUAUAUUCAGAGGGGAUUCCGCUAGGUUUCUUUGCCUUAAGAUUGAUAGCUCCAGUGAUGAAUUGGACAAGGAGAACAAUAUUUUAGUGAAAAAUCUGGCUGGUAUGGGCGUGGAUGUCAAAAUGGUAAGAAAACGACAGCCUGGUGUUCUCAAGAGGCAGAUCACCAAUGAAGAUGGCCUGAAGAUUUUUCUGCAAGGAAAAGGGGCUAACAGAGAAGCCAUUGCCAGUAUAAUCUCACGUUAUCCACGUGCCAUCACUCGCUCACACCAAUCUCUGAAAGAACGCUGGGAAAUUUGGCGAAGCAUUUUGAUGACCGACAUGGAAAUUGUAACAAUCCUGAAACGUUCCCCUGAAUCCUUUUUCCGUUCUGGGAAUAAUGAAAACAUGCAGAAGAACAUUACCUUAUUUUGUUCUAUUGGGCUGACUUCUAAGGAUCUUGGCAACAUGCUGACCAGAGUUCCAAGGGUGUUUUCUAACAGUAUAGAGCUCAAUAAACAAAUGAUAAGCCUCUUGAAUGACAUCUAUUUAGAUCUAGGUGGAGAAAAGCCAGAUGACUUUGUAAAACAGAUAAUUUCUAAAAAUGUCUUUAUCCUCUUACGGAGCAGCAAGCAAGUGAAAGCAAACGUUCAGUUUCUGCAGUCAUCUUUAAGUCUGAGCAAUAAGGAAUUUCUAACGCUGUUGCAUGGGCAAGGAGGUGAUGUUCUGGAUCUCUCUAAUGAAUACCUAAAAAAGACACUUGCAAACGUGAAAGAGAAACUGUUGUCUCAUGGGUGCACUGAAAUAGAGGCAGAUAUGUUUGUCCUUAAGCACCUUCGCAUUCUAUACCUUUCUCCACAGAACCUGAAUGAUAAAAUAGAUUGCCUCUUGCAGGCAAAUAUUAACAUUAAUCUAAUACUGAAAAGUCCUCUAGUUCUGGACAAAAGCAUCAAAACUAUAAGUAACCGUAUUGAUGAGCUGGGAAAGCUAGGCUAUAACUUUCAAAUCCAUGGGAUUGGAAUUCUUGCGUUAAGUAAACAACGAUAUGAAGCAAAAUUGGAAAAGUUACAGGCAGCAACAAUUUUGCACGGCUCUAAUUGAUGUGCGACCACCAAUGCAUGGGUCUUUUGGGACCCAGAAGAGGGCAAAUGGGGGUGUGGGGGGGUAAUGGAGGCAAAUGGACUUAUGCAUGCUCCACCAACCCGUUUAGGGGCCAGAAAUUGCACCCAGGUGCAAAAUGGUUGCUGCCUGUACAAUGUACAUAAUAAAUAUUUUUUUUUAUUUUUUUAUUGCCUUAUGUGACCAAAGAAACAGAAAGCAAAACUUACGGAAGAAAUAAAUAAAUGGUAUUGAGGUUAAAAAUAAUUUAGCCUUGCAGUACUUUUUUUGAAUUAAUAACUAUUUGUGGCUAUUCUAAAUUUUCAAAAGUGUUGGUUUUAAUAGGAUCUGGUGAAUGGAUGCACUUCAAAUCUAGGAAUACCUUUACAUAUGCUCCCUGAUAUGCUACAUUUCUACAUUGAUUUAUUUAAACAUUGAGCCUUCUAACCUGAUAGCUGAAAUGAUGCAGUAGCAAUGAAGCAUUACUACUUAAUUUUGCUGAAUAUAUGUUUUACUAAUUAUUGUGCUUCUUUCCUGCUCUUUUAAACGGAGCAUUGUAUUGAGUUGCCUAUGUAUUUCUUGGCUCAGGUUAAACUUAAAAUGAAUGUUGCUUUUCUAUGUAAUUCCACCCCCUCACCCCCCCUUGCCUUUGAUGGCCACUUAAGGAACUGUAAAUUUUUAUAUGGAACAAAAAUGAAACUGAAACAUGGUAGGCAGAAUAGCAGCUAUUUUCUUUUUGGUAUUUAGAGUGAAUUAAAAUAAUAAAUCAAUGGGACGAUAAAAAGAGUCUUUGGGGGGAACAUAAUUUAUAAGGGAGGAGCAUGAUUUAAUUAAAUAAUUUAAAAAACAACAACUUUACAUUCAGCCCACCCAUUAACUGAAAUUUCCAUGAAGAAUUUGAAUUUCAGUUGAACCCAGAACUUCUUUUGACAGUUACUAUGGAAGUUAAAAUGAAGAUGAUAAAUGGUGGCAAUAGCUAUCAAGUGGAAAAUAUAUAUAUGACUAAUUGACAGCUAGAAAGGGCAAGCUCUCUUGUGGUUAAAACAUCCACAAGAUGAAAGGAUGGAAGUCUUUGGGGAAUAAUUCACCCUACAAUUUACUGCUACUAAUUACUGGUAUGUAUGAAGUAUGCACCAUGCUGCAAAAACAGUCAGGAAUAAUAUGUGUUGGCCUUUAGUGGUAAAAAAUAAUCUAUUAAGCUUUUUUUAAACAACCCCUUUGACUAUAAAUUCUAAGCAAUUAUAUUCCUGUGGGUGAUUAGAACUCAUAUUGUAUCCUUGAAGAAACAGAAGUUUGUUUGAAACAGGAUGCAUCAGACAAAUCAUAGUGAGCUUAUCUUAGUCACUCUUCUCCCCUGGAAUCCUUAGAGAGGUCCUCAUACUGUUUUUUCCUUAGAAAAAAAUGUACAUAGUUUUCUUUCUCUGCAGGGGAGUUGCUUGCUUAUGAGAAAUUUGUCAUGUGAUUAUUUUUUUUAAACUUAAUCUGUAAAACAUGGAUUCUACAUUUAGAGGACUUCAAAGGAGAUGGCGAGUCAAAUUCUUGAGUGACGUAAAUGUUGACUUAGUGAUUGUUGUGUGAUAAUUAUAGGAACCGCAAAGCAAUGUGUAUUGGUAUUUUAAAUACAUUUAUGUAUUCACAAUGUUUUUUUUUAAAAAAGACAACAACUUGUAUUUCA